AUGUCUUCCUCUUUGAGUGCGGGUUCCUUCCAAACCCUUACUUUUCACCCUGACAAUACGGUUGUUAUACAGGACAAAAUCUACGGGGAGCACAUCAUUUCCGAGCCGGUUCUAGCCGAGCUGCUGCGGUGUCCAGCGCUGCUCCGACUCGCGGGCAUCGGUCUCCACGGCCAAACCGAUCUGCUGGGUAUCACCCAGACAGUGACUCGACUAGAGCACUCCAUAGGCGCGUCGCUAUUAGUACGCAAAGUUGGUGCUAGCGUUGGAGAGCAAGUUGCAGGUCUUCUGCAUGAUAUCAGCCACACAGUACUCAGCCAUGACGUCGAUGGAGCCUUGUCAAAGCCCGGAGAGAGCUAUCAUGAGGUCCAAAAGUCACGGUAUAUCAUGACCACUGAGCUGCCACAGAUACUUACCAAACAUGGCUUCGUUGAUCUAAAGCCGUUCGAUGAAGAGCUUUAUCCUUUAGUAGAGAGUCCCGCUCCUCACCUCUGCGCUGAUCGUCUCGAUUACUCUCUACGAGGCGCAGUCGCUUUCGGCAAGCUUGCGAUAGAGGAUGCGCGCCGCGUGUAUGACUCGGUGACAGCAUUCCCGGACGCGUCUUCACCACAUCGCUUGCUGGUCCUUCAAGACAUUGAUCUGGCCUUGGCUUAUUCUAGGGCCUAUGGCGAAUGCGAUAGGGAUGUGUGGUGCAACCCGGCUCAUGCCGUCAUGUCCAGGAAGAUAGGUCAGUUGAUUGGGAAUCUGGUACAACGAGGAUUAUUGAAGGAAGAGGUCCUAUGGAGUCUAUCGGAUCGUGAAUUCUGGGAGCUCCUGAAAAGUAAAGUUGACGCUAAAGGAUUGGAGACGAUCAAACACAUCGAAGCAGGGCCGCAUGCAGAAGAUUCUCAUCGACUACCUCGUGGUACCAAAAUUCGCACAAUCGAUCCCGAUAUGCUCCUCCCUGGUGCCGAACAGCCUUCUCCAUUAUCUUCUGUGAGACCAGAAUGGGCUAAGGAGAGACAAGAGUUCGUCCAGGCUCGCCAGGCUCUAUUUGCUGUUUCCCUCUUCAUACCCUCAAUUCCACAACAUUCCACCAUGUCUGAAGCUCUGACAAACACCGACCUUCAGGGUGCCCUCCCUCUUAUCGCUCGAGGCAAGGUUCGCGACCUGUACGAUGUCGACGAGAAGACCCUCCUCUUCGUCGCAACGGACCGCAUCUCCGCGUACGAUGUGAUCAUGGAGAAUGGAAUCCCCGAAAAAGGCAUCCUCCUAACCCUGUGCACGAAAACCUGGUUCAAGAUCCUCUCCGAUGCCAUUCCCUCCCUCCGCACCCACUUCCUCACCCUCGACCUCCCGCCUCAGAUCCCCGAGUCGCUGCGUCCUGUCCUCCAGAACAGAAGUAUGCAGGUGCGCAAGCUGAAGAUCCUCCCCAUUGAGGCCAUCGUCCGUGGUUACAUCACCGGCUCCGCCUGGAACGAGUACAAGAAAUCCGGCACGGUGCACGGGAUCAAGGUCGCCGAGGGUCUGCGGGAGAGCGAGGCUUUCCCCGAUGGUCCUAUCUACACCCCCAGCACCAAGGCGGAGCAGGGCGAGCAUGAUGAGAACAUCCAUCCCGAUCAGGCUGUUGCUAUUGUCGGUGAACCAUAUGCCUCUCAGAUCGCCUCUCUUGCGAUUCAGCUUUACAAGGUCGCUCACGAGUACGCCCUUACUCGCGGUGUGAUCAUUGCCGACACGAAGUUCGAGUUCGGUUUGGAUCCUGAGACUAACGAGGUUGUGCUGGCCGAUGAGGUCCUCACUCCUGAUUCGUCGCGUUUCUGGCCUAAGGACUCGUACGAGAUUGGUCGUGGACAGCAGAGCUUCGAUAAGCAGUUCUUGCGUGACUGGUUGACGAGCGAGGGACUGAAGGGCAAGCCUGGUGUACGCAUGACCGACGACAUUGCGCAGAAGACGAGCGCUAAAUACCGUGAGGCGUGGGAGCGGAUCACUGGUGGUAACUAA